AUGUUCCCAGCUCUCAAUUAUCUGGACUGCAGAGAGAACAGCCGAAAGCGGACUAUUGACGCCCCUUCUUGUUCACGCGACGCCGACGAAGAGCCUCCGGAGCCGUUAGUGAAGAUGAAAGAACCGCUUAGAAAAAGUCAAUCAUUGAGAGCGAUGGCUGUUUUGAUCAUUAGUAAUGGCCUGAUACUUAACCUCGAUUAUUCAGCACCAGUCGUGGCCCUAGCCCGUCAGCUCGCUGAAUUGAAUGCUGAACAAGUUGCGAAUUCGGAAAGGAAGGCGGUCGAAGAGGCUCUGGUCGUGGAAUUGGGAAGACUAGAGGCUGAACACCGAGAAGAAGUUGAAGAGGCUGCGGAUGAAGUCCGGGAAGAACAUGUGGUUACUCUUCCAUUCAACUCAAGGAUUUCUACUCCGCAUCCGACGUUCCAACAAUCAAUGAUUUAUGCUGCUGUCUUCAAAUUACAUUUUGGGGUGAGCGAAAAGAUGGCUGGUUUUCUGGACGAUUUUCUUGCCAUGAAAGGUGUGUUCCUUCCUGAGCCG